AGAAAAUGAAAUCUGACUUUUUUUAGUGAAGGAAACACAAAACUGUUAUGAUGAUGGUUUUUUAACUUAUUUCUUUUUUCCAAGGCCCAAAUGAGCUCAUGGCUUGUUCGGUGACCCGAUUCUUCCGGUAAAACAGAGCCUGAAACCAUAUUCUUCGGUCAGAUUGGUGGUCUUUUAUAAUUUUCUCAAGCCAAAAAUAGCUGGAGACGUGUCAAUAGUGGCUGAGAUAUUGGUUUUUAGAAGAAAAAACUAAUGGCUCAGAUUAGUUUAUGGUCAAACGAUAUUAAGGGGCUAAGUUGUUUCCCUUCUGCAGAAAUUUUUGAAAACCCAUUUCAGGACGGGGCGUUUCAAAUAUUCCUGAAGCCUCUUUCUCUUCUUCAACGUAAAUUCAUCAGAGAUUGAAAAAUGGCAGACGGUGAAGAUAUUCAGCCGCUCGUAUGUGAUAAUGGGACUGGAAUGGUCAAGGCUGGUUUUGCAGGUGAUGAUGCUCCAAGAGCUGUAUUCCCAAGUAUCGUUGGUCGUCCACGUCACACGGGAGUGAUGGUUGGAAUGGGACAAAAGGAUGCAUACGUUGGAGACGAGGCACAGUCGAAACGUGGUAUCUUGACUCUCAAGUAUCCAAUCGAACAUGGUAUUGUUAACAAUUGGGAUGACAUGGAGAAGAUUUGGCAUCACACUUUCUACAACGAGUUGCGUGUUGCGCCCGAAGAGCAUCCGGUUCUGUUAACCGAAGCGCCGCUUAAUCCCAAGGCUAAUCGUGAGAAGAUGACACAGAUCAUGUUUGAAACUUUUAACACUCCUGCUAUGUAUGUUGCCAUUCAAGCUGUUCUCUCCCUCUAUGCCAGUGGUCGUACUACUGGUAUUGUUUUGGACUCUGGAGAUGGUGUGAGCCACACGGUUCCAAUCUACGAGGGUUAUGCGCUUCCACACGCAAUCCUGCGUCUUGAUCUUGCAGGUCGUGACCUAACCGACCACCUCAUGAAAAUCCUGACAGAGCGUGGUUACUCCUUCACCACAACUGCUGAGCGUGAGAUUGUUAGAGACAUGAAGGAGAAGCUCUCCUACAUUGCCUUAGAUUACGAGCAAGAGCUCGAGACUUCCAAAACAAGCUCAUCCGUCGAGAAGAGCUUUGAGCUGCCUGAUGGUCAAGUGAUAACCAUCGGGGCAGAGCGUUUCCGGUGCCCUGAAGUCCUGUUCCAGCCAUCCAUGAUCGGAAUGGAAAAUCCUGGAAUACAUGAAACUACUUACAACUCAAUCAUGAAAUGUGAUGUGGAUAUCAGGAAGGAUCUUUAUGGAAACAUUGUGCUCAGUGGUGGAACCACAAUGUUCGGCGGGAUUGGUGACAGGAUGAGUAAAGAGAUCACCGCGUUGGCUCCAAGCAGUAUGAAGAUCAAAGUGGUUGCGCCACCGGAAAGGAAGUACAGUGUUUGGAUCGGUGGCUCUAUCUUGGCCUCCCUCAGUACUUUCCAGCAGAUGUGGAUUGCGAAAGCCGAGUAUGAUGAAUCUGGACCGUCGAUCGUCCACAGGAAGUGCUUCUGAUCAAAUAUCACCAAGUAAAACAAGUGCGGUAAAAAUUUUGAUAAUCAUUUUUCCAUCCUGAAGCCGGUUUCUAUAAUUUACUUGCAACUUUUCUAUUUGUGUUCUUUUUUAUUCUUCUCUCCCUCAUUGUUCAUUUUAAUCUUGCUUUUGAAGCAAAUCAAGUUAAACAAAACAGAUCAGUCAUUAACAGAAUGUUAUUAUUCUAUAUAUGUAUAUCUCCUAUUGAGUUUCCUUUCUGUCUCUGCCAAUUUUUUCUAAGCUUGGACCUCGAUUCCAUUAAAAAAUUUUCAAUAUGUGUUCUCAUCAAGCAAUGAAACGAGCUGUAUAAAUUACUCUCACCA